AUGGCGAAUUUAUUGUUCAGGUACUGUUUCUACCUAUUUGAGUUUUGUGGUAACAGAUACAUUGACUUCUGGUUUGAUUACAUGACUGAAAGAGAAGCAAAGAACAUAGAAAUUCCGAACAUUAGAUGGGAUGUUUUUGAGUUGAUGAUGAGGUACAUAUACACAGGUUCUGUUGAUGUCACUUUGGAUAUUGCACAAGAUCUUCUGAAAGCUGCCGAUCAGUAUCUUUUGGAGGGGCUUAAGCGCCUGUGUGAAUAUGCCAUUGCACAGGACAUUUCUGUGGAGAAUGUCUCUCUCAUGUUUGAGUUAUCGGAGGCAUUCAAUGUGUUGUCGCUGAGGCAUUCUUGCAUUCUAUUAAUCUUGGAAAACUUUGACAAACUAAGUAUUAUGCCAUGGUAA